AUGUUCCGAGCUGCCGCAGCUGGUCCCUUUGAUGAGGGCGUCGCCAAGGCCACUGACGAGAAUUUGACCUCGGAAGACUGGGGAGCUAUCAUCGAGGUCUGCGAUCGCGUAGGCAGCGACCAGAAUGGGCCCAAGGAUGUUGUCCAGGCCAUGAUCAAGCGUCUUGCGCACCGCAACGCCAAUGUGCAGCUCUACACACUCGAGCUCGCAAACGCCCUCAGCCAGAACUGCGGCAAGAACAUGCACCGUGAGCUCUCCAGCCGGGCCUUCACCGAUGCCAUGUUGAAACUCGCAAACGACCGCAACACCCAUAACCAGGUCAAGGCCAAGAUCCUCGAGCGCAUGAAGGAGUGGUCCGACAUGUUCAGCAAAGACCCCGACCUCGGCAUCAUGUACGACGCAUAUUUCCGGCUCAAGCAGAGCAACCCGACCCUGCAGGCUCCCUCGGCGCCCCAGAAGACGGGCCUGACGGAGGUGGAUCGUCAGAAGGAGGACGAUGAGCUGCAGAUGGCGUUGAAGUUGUCGUUGCAAGAAGAGGAGAGGAAGAAGGCACCUGUCGCGUCCAACGCUGCCGCCUCGUUAUCUCCCGCUGCCCCCGGUUCAUCGGCGCAAGCUGCCCACCCGCAGGUUCAAUCAACACCCGUGCCCGCAGGGACGACAGCUGCUACAGUAUCAAGGGUGCGGGCACUGUAUGACUUCGUCCCCACGGAACCAGGCGAACUGGAGUUCAAAAAGGGCGAUGUCAUUGCCGUUCUCGAGUCCGUCUACAAGGAUUGGUGGCGUGGCUCGCUCAAGGGAAAGACGGGCAUUUUCCCCCUCAACUACGUCGAGAAGCUCACGGAUCCGACCCCGGACGAGUUGGCGCGCGAGGCCCAGAUGGAGGCCGAGGUGUUUGCGGAGAUCAAGAACGUCGAGAAGCUCCUCACGUUGUUGAGCACGUCAAACCCGGCGCCGAGAGAGGAGGACAACGAAGAGAUCUCGAAACUUUACCACCAGACGCUAGCCAUCAGACCCAAGUUGAUCAAGCUCAUUGAGAAGUACUCGCAGAAAAAGGAUGACUUCACGCAGCUGAACGAAAAGUUUAUCAAGGCUCGCCGCGACUAUGAGUCUCUGCUGGAAUCCUCCAUGUCGCACCCUCCUCAGCCUAGCUACCAUCAAUACGCGACGAGACCGGGUCCUGGCGGAUACUCGGGCGGACCGGGAGCAGGCUAUCCUCCUCAGGGUCCUCCUCAGGGACUUCCCCAGCAGCAACAGCAGCCUCCGCAGCAGGAGCAGAGAUACUACACUCCUGCACCCCAAGACCAACCACAAUACCCCCAGUCCACACCGUCGCCGAAUUUCCAGCGUCCCGCCCAGGCCACGCCUGCUCCGUUUUACGUAGCUGGUGCAGAGGUCCCAUCGGCAGGCGCCGCGCCUCACAACCAGCCGCAUCAGCAUCCCCCGCGUGACCAACGACAUGCGUCCACCGGAAAAGCCCAGGUGCCGCCGAUCAACACCUCGCCUACACCGCCAGUCAACACGUAUUCUGCCUACACUGUGCCUCCAAAUCAGAGACCUCAGAGCACCUAUGGCGCCCAAGAGCUGGCGACUUCAGUCUACGACUCGCCCAUUGCUAGUCACAACCCGAACUCUGCCGCGACGUACACAUCAUCUGUCUACUCCCAAGAUGACUCGUAUAACACCAGCAGCCCUAUCGUAGGCACCUCGACCGUGCCUGCACCAUCUUCUUUCCAACCGUCAGCACCGCCAGCCGGACAAGCCUCUCAACCACCCCAUCAACCACAGUACCAUAGCUACCAGCCACCGGGGGCACAAAGUCAGGACAACUACAACAACGCCCCGACUCAGGCGCCGCCCCCUGUGCCAACUGGGGCAGCUCCAGCUCCGCCCAUAUCUGGUCCCGGGCGGUCUGAAGUCCUGACGCCGCCUCCUCUGCAGCCGGGCGGCGCUUCGUAUGACUCACGACAGGGCCUGCCUAGCCAGAGCCCAUCGCAGCCACAGUACCGGGCUUACGUGCCGCCAGGCCCUUCCACUGACGGGCCGAGUGCACCGCCAGCGGCGGACUACUAUCGACAGAGCGGCGUGUACUAG